CCCAAUUACACACUCAGAAGAUCUAUUUAUCCAGUAAUUUUAAGCAGAACCUACAAUAGUCCUCUAUAUCCCUGCAAUCGUAGGAUCAUGUCAGAUGCAUUUCCCGACGCCACCUCUCGCCUAGAGCGCUUCCAGGAGGCCCAGGAAUCAUUAUAUGGCGACCUCCGCUCUAUCGCCAAUCCCCAGGAUUGGACUCCACCCCCGCAGUCUGGUGGUCAUCGCGGCCGAUACCUCUGGACUGACGCUUUCGGGGUGAUCAACUUCAUCACGCUACAUCGUGAGUACGAGAAGGGGCUGGCGCCCUCUGCCUCUGCACCUGAUGACCGAUACUUGACGCUGGCACGUCGACUAGUCGAAACAGUCCACGAGGUUCUGGGGCGUACGCGGGAUGGUCAAAGUCGCCUGCCCGGUGCAACAGACGACAAUCCGAUGGGUGGUGGACUGCGCAUUGGUAAGAUAGAAGAGCACGGCUCAGACGGUGAUGGCCAAUACCAUCACUAUUUAACCUUAUGGAUGUUCGCCCUCAACCGGCUAUCGCUGGCAACCGGUGAUCCAACGUACAAUCGGCAGGCGAUAGCGUUGGCCAGAGCCAUCCAUCCUCGGUUCUUCAUCGGGCGCCAUUUGCCCCGGCCGCGGAUGGUGUGGAAGAUGUCAAUAGAUCUGACCACAGCACUGGUGGCCUCAGAGGGCAAUCUGGACCCGGUCGAUGGAUUUGUGACGUUUCGGUUGCUGCAGGCGGCAGCCAUGCAGAUGGGCGACGGCGAGGUGCUAGCCAAUGAGAUUGCAGAUUACAAGAAGGUGAUGGAGAGAAAAGGGAAGCACUUUGUGACGAGUGAUCCGUUGGAUCUGGGGAUGAGCUUGUGGACAGCACAUUGGUUCGCAGAGAAGGAGGACUGGGCAACAAGCUUGUCCGGUCAAUGCUUUGAACAAAUUUAUGAGCUCUUUGAGAUUGACCGCUACCUCGACCGCAGCCACAAAUAUCGCCUGGCUUUUCGGGAAUUCGGGACUUGUAUGGGCAUCAAAUGCAUGUCAGAGCAAUUGUCUGAGAAGGAAAGCGCCGUUGAUCUCAAAGUGUAUGCCAACAAUAUCCUGGACUCAUGGAAUAUAUACAUGCAAAGAUCACUCGCAACAAAAGUGACACCAGAUGAUCUCCGCCCAAUAACGCGGGUGAUGUAUGCCUCGGCACUGCUACCAGGAGCUUUUGCUCGCGGGUACUUAGGACCUGAGCCUUUGGUCAGGCCAGAGAACUAA